GUUGACCACUACACACACCUACUGCCUACUGUUGCCCAUUUGACGUGGACACCGGCUAGAAGAGAGGCUCAGGGAUUCACCUCGCAUCGGGACAAAGAAAAGCAAAAUGCCUGGACCAGCAGCAAGUGCAACCAAUGUUGGGGCGUCUAGCCGUUCCCCCAGCAAGACAGUGGCUCCCCGUGCAGCAGGCUCCACAGUCAGACAGAGGAAAGCCACCAGCAGCGGUACACGCAGUGGUGGCAGGACCACAGGAUCGGCGGGUACAGGGGGCAUGUGGCGCUUCUACACUGAGGACUCGCCAGGUCUCAAAGUCGGCCCGGUGCCAGUGCUGGUGAUGAGUUUGCUCUUCAUUGCUUCAGUCUUCAUGCUGCACAUCUGGGGGAAGUACACUCGUUCUUAAGCCCCGCCUGAUGACCUCUGACCCUGCGCCUGAGCUUCUUAACAUAUUGGACCUGGACCAAACAACAAAUGAACAACCUUACCCCCCCAAAUUCCCCCUUCUUCCACAUCACUACAACUCACAAACUGGAUUUUUAUGAGAGAUCUUUUCCUUACAUGAUCUUCAUCCGUACUGAUGUUGGUUAUCCACCUACUUGCUUUUGCCCAUCCCGUGUUUUUAAGAUCUGAUGCGGUGAAGGGGGAACAGGGAGCAGGUCUUGCUAGCCCACCUCAGAUGCGAUGUCUGUGUGCGCCUCUGUCGCCGUCCCUCCAAGCAGAAGUAUCAUGUGUUCACCUCACUGCUGCCUGAAGGUUCAGUACAGUGCUCAAGGACAUUGUUGUUUUCAGGCCCCCAGCAAACAUUUCUCUUUAUUGCCUGAAUUUCUUUUUUUUUUUUUUUUUUUUGUUAACAGCAUUUGUACAAAAUAUAAUUGUAAUAUUGUACAAUAAAAAGAGUAAAAACCAAA